AUGAGUAUGGUUGGUUUGAACGGCAGUGUCGGCAUAUCCAAGAGUGAGUGGAUCCUCUUCAAAGUUCUUGAGAAAGCCAACCUCCUCCAGUAUUACGACAACUUCAUUUCCCAAGGUGGAGAUGAUGUGACACAACUGUGUGAGGCCAGCGAGGAUGAGUUUCUUGAAAUAAUGGCAUUAGUUGGUAUGUCCAGCAGACCACUUCAUGUUAGAAGACUUCAAAAAGUUCUCAAGGAAUGGAUCAGUAAUCCAGAUAUGUUUGGUUACAACCAAAUGCCUCUCAACCGCAUUGGCCACUCCAACAGCUCUCCAUUUCAUGGUUCUCUCUAUGCCUCCAUGCAUCUCUCCAAUCAAUUGAUGAAUAACUGCUCACCUGCUUUCACCAGUGAUGCUUCCCUAAAAUCCAUUUCACAUGUACCAACUCACUCUGAAGUUGUAAACAAACUUGAAACUCAGAAGCUGCCCGACGAACAAAUUCAUACAAUUCGUUCCCAUGUUGAUGCCAUGGCCUGCAACCUGCCACUCUUUGCUCCAAAACCUUUGAAUUCCAAAAAACCCAUUGAUUUACAAAUCGAAGAGUUAUUAAAUUAUCCAGACGACCACCCUGAUAAAAACAUGUUACUAAGGAAGUACUCUGCCAUAUAUGGACGAUUCGACUCCAAACGAAGAUCAGAUAAACUACUAAACUGGCAUGAGAUGUGCAUAAAUGAAGCAGCGGGACAGCUGUGCAUCCACCGACCAACGUUGGUGACACGACGGGAGGACCUCUUCAACCUGGCCAGGCAGAUAGUCAAGGAGUGCACACCUAUGCUCAUUAACAAUCACAAAUCUAGACCUGCUUCACAGAUGAAGAAAUCUGACCUAAGAGAUGAAAAGUAA